AUGUCGAACCUCGAGAGCAAGUCAGGCUCAAGCCAGAAAAACACCACGAUCGAUACACUCCGGACAGCAUUGGGUUCAGAAACAGUUCCGCUAGCAAGCAGGUUCCGUGCCUUAUUCUCACUGAAACAUCUAGCUGCACAAGGGGACGACGAACAGGCACAAGCAGCGAUCGAAGCUAUAGCAGCUGCAUUUACCACACCUUCGGCACUACUCAAACAUGAACUUUCUUACUGCUUGGGACAAACGAGGAGUAUGAAGGCGGUGCCAUUCCUAAGAGAUAGAUUGGAUGAUAAAAAUGAAGAUCCGAUGGUACGGCACGAAUCAGCUGAGGCGCUUGCAGCAAUAGGAGAUGCAGGGAGUUUGGACACCAUGAAGAAGAUGAGGGAUGAUCCAAAUGAGCCUGAUGUGGUACGAGAAACGUGUGAUAUUGCGGUCGAUCGCAUCACCUGGCAAUUGUCUGAGGCUGGCAAGAAGGAAGUCCUCAAGCAGUCUGACUUUGCCUCAAUAGAUCCCGCGCCCCCAAUGGAGACUACAGAAACACAACCAAAUAUUCAAUCUCUCCAGUGGACUCUCCUCGACACUUCCUUACCACUCUUCAAGAGAUAUCGUGCCAUGUUUGCGCUUCGGGAUCUCGCAUCCCCACCUGAUGCUCCGACAGCAAAGCCAGCAGUUGAGGCACUUGCUACUGGGUUCUCCGAUAAGUCAGCCCUGUUCCGACACGAGAUCGCGUUCGUGUUUGGUCAACUAUCACAUCCUGCUUCUAUUCCAUCUCUUCAUCAAGUGCUCAGCAAUCAGAAUGAGGAAAGUAUGGUUCGACACGAGGCGGCUGAAGCCUUGGGAAGUUUGGGCGAAGAGCCGGGAGUCGAAAAUAUGCUGAAACAGUUUCUGAAUGACGCAGAGCAGGUAGUUCGAGACAGUGUGGUUGUGGCUUUGGACAUGGCCGAGUAUGAGCGCACAGGUCAGAUGGAGUAUGCUACGAUACCCGAGGUCACUGCCUCUGCUUAA